AUUAUACGAAGAACAGAAAACGUGAGAAGUCCGAAACAAAAUCCAUAUAAUAGAUAUAUACUGGACUAACUAUAGUUCCUAGUUUUUGAAAGUUACGAGAUACUAAACAAAUAAAGAUGGAGUUGGGAUUUGUAGAAGAGCCUGAAAAUACAUGGCGACUGCUGCGUUGUUACUUCCCCAGUAAAGUUGGUGGGAAGCCAGCGUGGUUGGAUCCCGAACAUUUACCUUCAGUAGAUGACAUGGAAUGUGGGUGCUGCCACAAACCGUUGGUGUUUCUACUUCAACUGUAUUCCCCAAAUGAUGACAAGUUAGAUUCUUUCCAUCGCACAAUAUUUGUCUUCUGCUGCACCAACGGGACAUGCUACAGCAGUGAAAAUGACGCUUUUCCUUUCAAAGUGUUUCGGUCCAUGUUACCAAAAGAGAAUGAUUAUUACCCUGCUGAUCCACCAGAUUAUGAUGAACCAAAUGCCAUCAGAGAAUGUUCGCAGUUCACAAAUUUGUGUGGGUUGUGUGGCAACCAUGGUGUGAAGAAAUGUUCGCGCUGUAGAGAAGUUCAAUACUGUUCGAAAGAUCAUCAAGUUUUUCAUUGGAAGUUAUUACAUAAGUAUCAAUGCAGUAAACCAAAGGAUGAAAAUAAUGAAGUUGAAAUGGAAAAAUCGAUCCUGUUUUCAGAAAAAGAAUUGGUGAUUGAACCUGAGCCUACAGCACCCAAGAAGGAAAAUACUGAAAGCGAAUUUGAAAAUUUAAAAAAUCACAUUCAAUCUGGUGAUUACACAGAAGAAGAACUUAAUGAUGCGGUCGCAAAUGUCAAAUCGGACAAAGCGUUUGAGAAGUUCCAAAAACAAAUUGCUGUGGAGCCUGAACAAGUGAUCAGAUACCAGAGAGAAGGAAGCGUGUUAUGGUGUUCAAGUGAGAAUAUUCCUAGUAAAAUACCUUCGUGUGAAUGUGGGGCACAACGGCAGUUUGAAUUUCAGAUCAUGCCCCAAUUACUAAACCACUUGAAAGUUGACCAUUCUAUUGAAGGUCCGACCAUUGACUGGGGUACAGUGGCCAUAUAUACAUGUCAUGACGAUUGUAAUAUUUCACCUUAUAUAAAGGAAUACUGUUGGCUGCAACACUUUUCUAAAGAAGCGAUUUAAAAGUGUUCCAAAAUUGAUUUUUAAUAAAAACUGUUAAAGGGUGUGUAUUACACAAUGAUAUGCUGCAGACGCAUUGGUGCAAAUAUAUUUAUAUAUAGUAGAAAGGGGAGGAGAUGGGACACCUCUUCAUUCAAUUCCAUUAGAACCUUCGAA